GAUUUGGCGUUUGUGUCACAUGCGCUUGCCAUUGUCGUUUCGGUAAUGGUGCUUUCUUGGUCAAUCAGUUACAGAGGUGGAUUUGCCUGGGAAUCUACCAACAAGAGCCUUAUCUUCAAUCUUCAUCCAGUUUUGAUGCUCAUCGGUUUUGUAAUUCUGGGAGGCGAAACAAUUAUAAGUUACAAAUCGCUUCCAUUUGAGAGACAAGUGAAGAAAAAGAUCCACUUUGCACUCCACCUAAUUGCUCUCAUUCUUGGAAUCUUUGGAAUCAUUACUGCCGCCAAGAACCACAACGAAUUAAACAUCCCAAAUUUCUAUAGCCUCCAUUCUUGGAUUGGUUUUGUAGUCAUUUGUCUUUACAUCAGCCAGUUGAAGUAUAGCUAUGUAAUAUUCUUUUACCAUAGAGUAACGGAAGCUGAGAGAAGCCACAUGCUUCCGUUGCACGUUUCUACUGGCCUCUUUAUCUUUGUUCUUGCUAUUGGAAACUCAGCUUUAGGGUUUGUUGAAAAAGUUACUCUCAUGGAAAAUUCAGGGCUUGAUAGGUACGGAUCAGAAGCGUUUCUAGUCAACAUCAUGGCUUUGAUCACAAUUAUCUUUGGUCUUUUUGUUGUACUCACUGUUUUUGCUAAGACCCCUCCUUCCUCUGACGAAGAUAACGAUAGCUACUCAGCUACUCGAUCUGCUCUCCUAGCUUGUUGA